AAUGGGGAGGAAAAAAAAACAGAUGGUGCAGGUAUUCCUGCUUGUCAGUUGGCUGUUUGUCCUACAAAGCCAAACGGGCCAGUCAGCGCCAAGCGAGGAAGCAGCCCGACCCGUGACGGUGAUAAUAGGCUGAGCUUGCUGUAGCAGAGAGAUAGUCAGUGAGUGGUUGUGUGGCACAACGAGUGCAAUAGUGGCCACUUUGUUCCUACUAGUUGUUGGAUGUAGAACACGACCACACGGCAUGGUACAGCAAAAGUUAGUAGUGUGAGUUAGCAGACCAUAAUGCUCCCUUAAAACAGGUACUUGCUAGCCAAUGUCUCAGUUUCUUUCUACUUGAACUCCUCGUUCUAAUGGUGCGAUGAUUAACACCUUUAAAGAUAAGAGGUUUGUCGUCAUAUUUGCUAAUACUUUUGGAAUAACAUUCAGAUAACUUUCUAUUUAGAAGCCUGAUUCAAAGACACACGUAAAUAGUUAGUUAUAAAUAUUGUUUAUUGCGUUUCUAUUCGAUGGUGGUUUGUGAACAAAUAAUUGAAAAUUUGGCAAGGAUUGUAUUCAGUAAGCUAUAACUGGUGAUACUUUGACUGUUUCCUAAAGUCCCAGCGGUUCUUAGAAAGCCUUACAGAUGAGGAAGGUAACCACACAUAAUUAUCUCCUGAAGCUGUAGCUUACAGAGGAGGAAAGUGACAACAUCUUGCAGUCCAUUGCAGAGAGAGUGACAAAUGUAAAUUGCUUAUCCUUGAAUAGCAACUUAAAUUGUUACUGAAACAGCUAUUGGUAAAGUGUAAAGCCACACAAGGGGCUGUCCACCACGAAGAAUCGAAUCCCGGAUAUUAGCGUUGUAAGUUCGUAACUUUACUGCUAAUCUUCCGAGAAGCCACUACUUGGCGAAUCAGAAUAGUGACACAUUCUCUCUGCAUGGGAUGCCAAUCUAUUGCAGUUUAACCCUCAAGCUAUUCGCUGGUACCCAUUACACAGACGGGUAGACUGAAGCAUUUCGGGUUAAAAUGUUUGCUGAAAGACACAAAAACAUGGCGUGGGAAAGCCUCGAAUCUGCAACCUUUCGAAAUACAAGCACAAACCAGUCCGUCAGAUGUCAGAAGACCAACAAACCAGUCUGGAGUCAGAAGGCGGCUGUUGCUCAGUAAAGUGUGGAGCAAAGCCCCGGAGGUAACCUAGAGAAAAACCAACCAACCGUGGAUUAGCGAGGUUGAAGGCCGGCAGCUUAUUCAGCAUAUAGAACGUAACCUUGUCCAGGUUUCUCUAGAGCAUUUUGCCCAUUAGUGCCUAGAAUGGCCAACAGCGACGCCAGUGCAUAUCUCUCUGUGAUCCAGUGGGGUGAUAAAGGAUAUUAUCUCAAGGAGUUUACCCAGAAUUUCACUCUUCCACAAGCAGCCAAAAUUAUCAAAGGACAGUACCAAAAUGUCGGAGUGCCAACCUUACCUUGCCCGUCUCUAAACCAAAUAGUGUUUAUUGCGUCAGCUGGAAAGAAAGUGCGAGUGGGAGCUCAGUGUGUGAAGUUUAAGGACAAUCGUGGCGUUGUGCCACUAGGACCUAAGUUAGCCAUUCCAGAUAAUUACGACGGUUGGUUUGAGAUUCUUUCGGAGGAUGGACGUGCUGUGCGGUGUCUUGAGAACGUAACUGAACUCGCUCGUGUACUUCCAGAAACUUGUCUAGUGAGAGAAAAUGUGAAAGGAUUCCUGAGCAAGAGUGAAGAUCCUGAUAGUAUUUCGGAUAAAACACGAACAAUUGCAGCAGGUGAAACCCUAGUUCUGAUCAACGAACUUCUGAUGCCAUUACACAAAGGAAAGGGAUCUGGACGUUUUCUCCGUUGUUUUACCACUCGAGGAGAGACUGUUUAUCUAAGCCUUGAACAAAAGGGAAAGUUUAGUCCCAUUGCUGGAGAAGACAACAUUUCUGGUGUACACAGUAUUAAGAAUUUGUUAUCAAAACGACUUCCAAUGAUGGUGAGACUUGUGCAUGGCAAACCACCACCUGGAUUCAAAUCAAGCUUUAUUCCCGAAAUGAGGUUGUGUUCUUUGCUUGAAGAAGAAUGUGUUAUGGUCUUACCCUUACUGAAAGAUUUUAGCAUUGUUUCUCUUCCUAUUAAUCUACCGCUAAAGCUUCAAGCCCCACGUAACGUAGAGAGUUUGAUCAAGCUUCGUGAAUACUCAAGGUUAUCAGAAAAAUGCAAGAAGAUGAUGCAAGAAACAUCUGAUAGAAUGCAGAUCAUCGACCCAUUUCUCAAAAAAGAAAGGGUCGAGGGGAAGUUGAACUGCCGUUACUUUCAUAAUCAUAGACAUCCAAAGCAUAUUCGAAACAUUCCUUUGAUUAAACGAAGUUUCUCAGAUCCUAUGUGUCAGGAGACCGCCAAAACGCUUGUAAACUUAGAGCCAGAGGUCUCUGCUCCAGGAGAUAACAAUGACGUUCAAAAUGGAGUUACUAAACCCUCUGACAACCGACAAGUUCCCGAUGACCGCUACGAUGAGAUUGAUCAAAUUUACGACUAUGUUCGUGGAUUUGCCCCCCUUCCUAGUAAAGUAAAGACUGAACUCAAAACCAAAGAUAAUUCUUCUUUAGAAACUCCAAACACAACAAAGUGUACGGAUUUUACAAUACAUCCCACCCCAGCCCCACAGUCUUUGUCGCAAAAGGACACCGAUGAUGUUGCAGAAGAAAAAGAAAAGCCCGAACCACCUCCAAUCGAAACUAUUCCCGUCAGGAAAUUGUCUAUGUGUGCUGAAUCAACUCAAACUACUGCACAGAAAAUUACAGUCAGUAUCGUCAACAAAUCUUCUUCAAAACUAAAGGACGAUACGGUAGUCAGUAAAGAUGUUCAUCCCGAAGAACACAUUUAUGAAAAGGUGGAGCAAAAGAAUGAUGAAAGGAAGAGCGCGAAUACUUUAAUUCACCACCCGAGAGCACCUAUUCGCUCAAACAGCGCUGGGAAAGUAUACAUAGCCAGUGGAAAUCACUCCACUUAUAACAAUAAACUUUUCUUCAAAAGCCCUUCCCAGCAAAAAUACAUUCAUAAAAAUAGGUUCCUCAAGCAUAAUAAAACAUCCCCUUCGAAAGAUACUGCUAUGCCUAUCCAGCGAACUUCUCGUGCAAAAAGCUAUCGAAAUAGUAAGGCUCUGACAACGUCAUCACCUUUGUUUCACAUUCGUUAUAAGUCGUUGACUAAUUUGGUAGCGGAGUUUAACAACACACUCGAUUCUAGUAAUUCAGGAGGACAGACAUCGUCAGGGUCUGCGGGUUCCAAAGAAAAAGAUUCUAAGCCUAGAAACCGAAAGCUUCCGAGGCCUAAAUCAAUGACCAACCUGUUUUGGGAUGUCCAUCAUUUAGAUAGCUGCAACAAAUAUAACUUAAUCCAAAACGAAAUUAACAAUAAAAUUGAAAAUCGGAAAUUUAUCUUUGCGCAUGAAACAAGUACUCCGAAGUUGAUACAUGCAACACAAAAUAAACGCAUUGGGACGUUGUAUCUUUAAGAUUUGUUGAAUCAUGUGAGCACUGUUUAUGGGAAGUUGUGCACGAAAGUUCUUGUCAUUCAUGGAUGUUACUCAUACUCUUAGUAACUGUUCCUGGUACUUCGAUCUAUUGUGCACGAAAGUUCUUGUCAUUCGUGGAGGUUGCUCAUACUUUUAGUGACUGUUCCUGGUACUUCGAUCUAUUGUGCACGAAAGUUAUUGUCAUUCAUGGAUGUUACUCAUACUCUAAGGGACUGUUUUUGGUACUUCGAUCUAUUGUGCACGAAAGUUCUUGUCAUUCAUGGAGGUUGCUCAUACUCUUAGUGACUGUUCCUUGUACUUCGAUCUAUUGUGCACGAAAGUUCUUGUCAUUCAUGGAUGUUACUCAUACUCUUAGUGACUGUUCCUGGUACUUCGAUCUAUUGCUUUAGCGAAUACGAACCAGAAAUGAUAAUAAUAAUGAAACACUGUAACGCCAUUUGUGCUGUGCUAUUUAAGAUAUCUAAGCACUUAGCUAUCAUUUAACACCAGCACGGUUAUUCGAUUAAUCAAACAGACAUUCUUAUUGCUAAGAAGCUUAUAAUCUGCAUUAACUUUAGAAAUCUUUUAUUUCCAGUGCUUUUGUGCCAUGAGUUUGUAAGCUGCUCAAAGUGACAUGGAAAUGUUAUUGUUAUUAUUACAAUGAUAACGAGAAGGGAAGGGGGAGAAGAUGAGAGUGGAUAUGACAUGUUAAAGCAUUUUACUGGGAGGAGAAGGUGAGAGGGGGAUAUAUUAUGUUUAAGUAUUUUAAUUGAAGUGGGAGAAGGUAAAAAAAGAUAUAUGUUAAAGCAUUUUUGUGAUAGCAUUGUGAAAUAAGUCAUGUAUACUGUUGUAUAAAAUUCGUUAUAUUUUAAGUUCUGUUCACCAAGGUUUUUUCUUUCAUAUUAUAUUACUAUUUAAUGCUAACCGCCAUAUCUGCAUGCAUUAUUUGUUUAUGGACUGAACUGACAUGUGUGUUUUAAAUUAACUUUGCCUGAGUGUGAAGGCAAUUGUAUAAUGCCAAUGAUCAUGUAUUUGUAAGCAUUCUAUAUAUCCCAGGAAGCCCAUAGAAAUACGUACAUUUUGCUUUAGGCGGUGUUUUCAAAAUAUAUUGAGCAGUGACAGUUGUGUUACAGGUAUACUUAACUUCGGGCUACUUAUGCUGUUAUUUGUUUUAAUCUGCCUUGAAUUACAUUAUCAUAAGAGUUACUGGUUAUAGAUUGUACUCUCCAACCGGUCGGGUCAAACAGCAAGGUGUGAAAGGAAAGGUAAUGAAGGAAAAUGUUCUGUUACCAGGAGUUCUACACUCACACAUAUACACAAAACAAAAUAAAGACUAUAGAUCUAGAGAAUCCUAAGUGAUUUUAAAGCUUAAAACCCGAAUAUUGUGUAUUUACAGAACAAGUUAAAUAUUUAUCAUUUUAGUGACCAGAAAACUGUUUGUGGAUCUUUAAGCUUUUUUAAAAUUCAACGUAAACGAGAAGGAGAAAGUUAUAUAGAAUAUUGACUGGCUUUAUCGGAAGGCCUUACAAAACUGGUUUGAAAAAGAAACAACUGCAGGAAACAAAAUAUGUUUCAAUUAUUUAUACUUAAAACUAAUUUUUGUGCAGGUACAAAACAGCAUGUCGUAAUUCGGAUUUGCAAUCAACUUUUAUCUAUUAUUUUUUUGCAUGUUACUUGUUCUCUGGAUAAUCUAGGACACGUUAAUGUCAGCAAGCCUUGUGUGAGCUCAACCAUAAAAUGUGAUUUUUCGUGUGAUGCAUGAGUAAUUAAGAUAUAAGAAUUGUCUCGAAAAGUCGGAGUUGACUGGUCAGUUUUGUAGCAGGUAGCCAAUGACAAACAUUAUAUCACUAUAUUGUGGAUAAUAAUAAUAUUAUUAAUUCAAUGACAAGAUAAUCUAAUCUAAUGUUUUGUAGCAGGAAGCCAAUGAUAAACAUUAUAUCACUAUAUUGUGGAUGAUAAUAAUAAUAUUAAUUCAAUGACAAGAUAAUCUAAUCUAAUGUUUUGUAGUCCAUGUCAGUUAUCAAAAUUAUAGUCGAAUGUUUCUUUUCUAAAUCUGAUAUAAAAAAAAAGGGGCAACAUGGUAUAUAUCUGCUAAUCUUCAAAACAUCGCAUAUGUGUAUAAAAAGUUGGCUAUUGGGCAACGCCUGACAUGUCAUAACCUACUUCAUUAAUCUUAAUUCGUACAUAUCUUCCUGUUUUUGUUAAUUAUUCUUAAGUUACCCAUUCUCAAAGGUACGUGGACUUGGAGAAGUUUUAAAUGAAAUACUAUUACAAUAUCGUGUACAACGAUACGUGUAAUGUAGUGGUCCGUAUAUAAAUAUCAAUGGAUGUUUCUGUAUUCAGAGUUGUAUUCAUUGUAUUUUUUAUGCCAACAUAAAAUGGAGCUUUUAAAUCAUCUGCAAAAA